AAUAGUUUUAAGACUGUAAAGCGACCAAAACACACAGCACAGAUACAACUGCCACGACUGUUUUCAACAUUUUCCAUUGCCUCAGAGUUUAUUAGUGAAAGAUGGAGGAAGUGUAUGAUGCUGCGGAGGAUGACUGGGAUGAUGAUGAAGAUGAGGCCACUCAGUACAUGAUUGAACAGAGUCUACUGGAGUCCAGUAAACAUGCUGAUUCAGCUACCAGUGAUCAAUUGGACUGCAUCGACCAUGAGGAAAUUUUCACCGCUAUACAAGCUGGUAAUGAGGACGCUCUGAAGGUCCUGGUGCAGCGUAAGGAGGCUCUGUCUAAUGCAGACAGCAGGGGCUGGAUACCUGUGCAUGAGGCAGCGGUACAACACAAGAGGAGAAUUCUGGAAAUCACUUACGCAGCAUCUCCUCAGGGGUCAGGGCAAUGCCGUACUCUGAGAGGGGAGACUCCGCUGUUUCUCGCCGUUGUCCAUGGUCUCCGAGAGAAUGCCACAUUCCUGCUGCAGAACGGUUGUGACCCUGACUGCAAAAAUGAGGAUGACGAUUCUGCAUUGGUUGCAGCCAUAAAGAAUGACCAGUAUGACCUGGCUCUGCUGCUGUUACGCUACAAUGCCCGAGUGGACCAAAGAGGAAAUCUUCAAAGAACCGCUCUACAUGAAGCAUCCGUGCUUGGCUUGGAUAACUUUGUAUACCUGCUCCUGCAAUCUGGCGCUGACACAAAUAUCGUUGAUGUCUGUGAACAUACUCCUUUAGGACUUGCGGCUCAAGCUGGACAUUUUAACGUUGUAGAGAUUCUGCUUCAGAAAGGGGCCAGUGUGUGGUCCAAGCCUCAGUCUCCUGGUUCAGCCUCAGUUUUAUUCGAUGCCGCAGCUUCUGGAAACCCUGAUAUCAUUUCACUGCUGCUGGAGUAUGGAGCCGAUCCCAAUGUGCCCACCCACACCGGCCAUCUCCCCAUCCACCGUGCAGCCUACCGUGGACAUCUGUUAGCGCUGGAGCAGCUGAUCCCUGUGACUAAGAAAGAGGUGAUCAAAGAGAGCGGCAUGAGCCCGUUACACUCCGCCGCUGCAGGCGGUCACUCUCAGUGUCUGGAUCUGCUCCUGAGCUCUGGGUUUGACCCAAACUUCAUGCUACACCCCAGAGUGCGCAGGAACUAUGAGGACGAACGCAGGUCAGCGCUGUUCUUCGCUGUGUCGAAUAAUGAUGUCCAGUCAGCGAGGCGGCUUUUAAAGGCCGGGGCCAUGCCCAAUCAAGACCCUGUCAACUGCCUGCAGGUGGCCAUGCGACUGGGAAACUACGAGCUAAUCAACACUCUGCUCCGCUAUGGUGCCAAUGUGAACUACUACUCCCGUGUCAACACCACCCACUUCCCUUCUGCCCUCCAGUACGCACUUAAGGAUGAGGUGAUGCUGCGUAUGCUGCUCAAUAAUGGCUAUGAUGUGCAGCGCUGCUUUGACUGUCCGUAUGGACAGGCCUCACAUGUGCCUGUGGAUUAUGAGGGCUGGAGCGCUUCUGUCAUCAAAGAUGUUGUGUUCUGUGAGGUGAUCACAGUGUACUGGCUCAAACACAUCUCAGCCCAGGUAGUGAGAAUCAUGCUGGAUUACGUUGAUCAUGUGACUCUCUGCUCCAAACUGAAGAGUGUUCUGGUUGAGCAAAAACAGUGGCAGGAAAUAUGUAAGAUACAAGAAAACGCACGAAGCCUGAAGCAUCUCUGCAGACUGAAGAUCCGUGACAGUUUGGGCCGCUUGCGUCUGAGGGCUCCAGUUUUUAUCAGUUUCCUGCCUCUCCCUGCCAGUCUCAAAGACUACAUUCGCUUCAAAGAGUAUGAUAUUUACAGCAGAGGAAGUGUGACAGAAGAGUAAAAUGAGAACAUGAGUCCAUGAGAAGCUGAUAUAAAACUUUUUAUUUGAAUAUAAACUUUUAAUAAAAAAAAAAAACGAAAAAAUAGUAUCAUAUUAAUUUGUUUUUAAAAUGAAUAUCCAGAUAUAGUGGUGUCCAAAAAUCUAAGAAAACACUGGAAAUCUGUUAUUAAUUUUUUUUUUUUUUUAAUGGAUAGUUCACUCCAAAAUGUGUAUACAAUAGAAGUCAGUCGGUUCCACAGUUUGGUUACACACAUUCUUCAAACUUUCUUCUUUUGUGUUCACAUGGAAGGAAGAAACCCUUAGCAUUGGAACAACUUCAGGUUGAGUAAAUGAUGGCAGAUUUUUUUUUUUUAUAAUUAUGGGGUAAACUGUUGCUUUUAAUGUGGAAAGACAUGGAAAGUUUAGGAUUCGGACUCAUUUAAAUUAGAAUUGUGCAAUAUCUAGAUGAAUAAUUAAAUGAGCACACUGAUGUUCUUCAGCUGAAGCUCAUGCUCUUUAGAUAAAAUCAGAUCAUGCUGGAGAACGUGAGUGUAGUGUCCAGAGUGCUGCUCCCAUUAAAGCCGAGGGGUUACUAAAUAUGAAGAAUUCUUAAAUUCAACAUCUCUCAAAUUAUACUGAUGAUAAAGUAAUGAAAUAUUUGUUGUACUGUUAGAAAAAAAUAAGCAUUUUCACUAGCAACUGCAAUGUAUUU